CUAUAUAUAUGCGCGGUUUUCAGUGUUCUGGAGAUUUGGGCGCUUUAAGAGGAUUUGAUCUAAUACGCUGCCUGCCGUUUCAGUAGUUUGUACUGAAAGGCAGUCAUGCGUUUCUUAGGGUCCGCUGUCGUUUUCUCCCUAGUGUUGCAGACAAUGUCUGCACAGCUAGAGGACUGGCAGUUGGCCAAAUCCAUUUAUGAAUUCACUGCCACGGAUAUAGACGGCAAUGAAGUUUCCCUGGAAAAAUACAGGGGGAAAGUUGUUAUCAUCACUAAUGUUGCCUCAAAGUGAGGCAAAACCCCGGUAAACUACUCUCAGUUUGCAGAAAUGCACGCCAAGUACGCUGAGAGAGGUUUAAGCAUCCUGGGCUUCCCAUCCAACCAGUUUGGACGUCAGGAACCAGGAACAGAUUCCCAAAUCAAGGAAUUCGCCAAGUCUUACAACGCGCACUUUGAUAUGUUCAGUAAGAUUGACGUGAACGGCGACUCCGCGCACCCUCUGUGGAAGUGGCUGAAGGAACAACCAGAUGGGAAAGGAUUCCUUGGAAAUGGCAUCAAAUGGAAUUUCACUAAGUUCCUUAUUAACCGUGAAGGCCAGGUUGUGAAGAGAUACUCCCCAUUACAGGAUCCAAGCGUGGUGGAGAAGGAUCUGCCUAAAUAUCUCUAAGGAGCAUCAUUAACUGACUGUCAAAUUACCGCACGCUGCCCUGCCGCCCCUCUUCAUUCUCCCCGACUGACCGCUGGGUAUCAGUGAUGUCCUCUCAUGGACUAAUGAUGGUUUGUUUGGAAACCCGUCUUGAGGAAAGAACAGACCUGAUGCAUUUGGCGUGCAACCCCUCCUGAGAGCAUCAUCAGUGCCCAGCAUCAGUCUGGAGAGAGACCCCCGCUGCUUUAACUACCCCUCUGCUUUGAAAUGAAAAUAUGCACAUUUAUUUAGAACUGAACAUGUUCUCAUAGUGUAAAAUUUCUUAAUAAAUGCAAAAAGAUUAAUUUGAA